AAAAGAACACAAUUUUGCAUCAGCAAACCCCAGUAUCCAUAAUUCUAUAAAGCUUUCAAGUGCUACAUUUUGAUGAUGUCUCUCAACAGAAAUUGCAAACACAUUGUUGUAGUUGGUGAUGGACGAGUUGGUAAAACUACAUUUUUGUUUACUUAUAUAAACGAUUUCUAUCAGGAAUCCUUUGGACCAACAAUUUACGAUCGCAAAGAACUUGUUGUUAAUGUUGACGGACAAGCAUAUUGGGUACAAUUUCAUGAUACAGCCGGACAAGAAGAUUACGAAAUGGCCAGUAGUUUUGCUUAUGAUCUGGCUGAUGCCAUCAUUCUGUGCUAUUCCAUCCCCAAGAGGAUAUCUUUUGAAAAUAUUUCUCAAAGAUGGAUUCACAAGUUAAAUAGUGCCAAUAAAGAUGCUCCUUUUAUUCUAGUGGGAACCAAAUUCGACAUCAAAACACCCACAUUUGUAUCUUCCCGAGAAGGUAAAGCCCUUGCGAAGAAGAUCGGAGCUAAUAAGUUCAUUGAAUGUUCGGCAAAAACACAAAAAAAUAUCAAUGAAGUUAUUCAUGAGGCAGUUCGAGCUGCAAUAGUUGGAAAAAUACAAAAUAGGAAGACAUGUAUGUGUUGGUCCUAA